UUCUUCGUCUGUGGUGUGGUUCGAAGGGGCCUUUGCUAGGCUAUUAUCCGAAUGGCGGUUGGCAAUGUGCGAGAGAAUACGAGCAUCACGAACCGCCUAGUCUAAUGCACCAGCAAUCAAACACCAACAACCAGCACUUCAUACACACAAAGCGCGGCACACCACCAGCCCUCCCACUUCUGCCCGCCCUGCCACAUCGCCUUCUUGCCCACCAGAGACGGGCAAAUUUGCAUCAUCCCGUAUCCUCUCGCAACGCCGUUGUCCCUCAGAAGCAGUCAGCACGUACUCCGUCCCAACAUGUCCGAUCCCCGUUGAGCCUUCCCCACCUCUCAACUACCGCUUAUGGCAGCGCAGAAUACAGUGAGCACUACACACCCCGGUCCCGUUCUCUUAACCGACGUAACUCAGGUCGCCGACUUGUGUGA